UGCCUUCUUGAUUUUGUCGAAGAUCAAUUUCAUGGUAUAGACACGUAUGACCUUUCCCCUCUAUGUAUGUUCUCAACCUAGCUAUGUUCAACCUCAAUUAGGAUUUCAAGUUAAUUGUGGAUUCACAAUGCAAACUAGAACUUAUUGCCUUAACUCUAGCUCACAUGCAAGGCAAUGUAUAUGCACCCACAAGAUCGAUAGUUUUGAGCUGUCAAGUUGAAGUCGUUAAACUCUCGAGGACCCUUGUUUAUAGAAUUCCUGAUGGAUGCACUAUAUACAAAUCUCCUGCAGCCUUGAGCAGACAAGUUCCCUUGGCUGCGUAGGCUUGUUCAGUUUGACAGCUUACUUUAUCAUUUUGUUGAUUCAAUCGUAAACUUGUUGCAUGUCUUUUGGUUCUUUGCUGUUAGUGACCUGUAUUUAUAUAUGCUAUAUUAUACAUGCAGGGAAGAGCAACAGAAGUAUUUGUUCUCCUCCUGGUUCAUGGUACUUGAUCCGGCAGAUGGACUACAGUAUGAUUCUGAAUUGAUCAAACACUGAGCUUUCAGAGAAUUUCUGAAGCUGAUACCACUUGUUGUUCCUAGAUGGAUGAUGGUGGACAUCGUGAAAAUGGAAGACAUAAAGCAGAUCAAUAUAAGACAGCUCAGGGUCAGUGGUUGAUGCAACAUCAGCCAUCAAUGAAGCAGAUAAUGGCCAUUAUGGCUGAAAGGGAUGCUGCAAUCCAAGAACGAAAUUUGGCUAUUUCUGAGAAAAAGGCAGCCAUUGCUGAGCGAGACAUGGCUUUCUUGCAGCGGGAUACAGCUAUUGCUGAGCGAAAUAAUGCCAUAAUGGAAAGAGACAAUGCCAUUGCAACUCUACAGUAUCGUGAGAACUCAUUGGCUAGUGGUAAUUUGUCCUCUUGUCCUCCAGGAUGCCAAAUCUCACGUGGAGUAAAACAUAUGCACCACCCACAGCAACAUGUGCAUCAUAUGCCACACAUGAGUGAAGGUCCUUAUGGUACAAGGGAAAUGCAUUCAGGUGAUGCUAUUCCAGUAUCACCAGGUGCUUCCGAGGCUGGAAAG